AUGGGCAAUUCUGAUGUAAACCCAAAUUACUGGCUUUAGUAAAGCAAAGAGAGGAGAAAGUGAUCUCAUAUUUUAAACAAAAUGAAGCUGCUCUCUACAGCACUCUGUCUCACAUUGGUGCUCUGUUCUAAUGCACAAAGCCAAACUCCUGUAACUUCUGCAGACUGUGACUCGGUUGAAACGGAUGCAGCGGUGGCCCUGGAUUUGAUCAAUAAACACCGCAGAGAUGGCUACAUUUUUACUCUGUUCCGUGUUGCUGAUGCCCAUGAACAACAGACCGGGAAUUCAUCAGUCCUUUAUUUGAUUCUGAAUGUGCUGGAAACCCAGUGCUCUGUAUUAUCCAGGAGACAUUGGGAGGACUGUAAACUCCCACAGCACAAUGAAAUGGUAUUUGGACAAUGUAAAACUAUCAUGUAUAUAAACAGACAGUUGAAGAAAGAAAUACUGCAUGGCUAUAACUGCACAGUGAGUCCAGAACAUUCACAGUUAUACAAGUGUGAACAAAACUGCCCUAGAAGACCAACAGCCUUAGAAGACAUUGAGCAGCACAGAGGGGACGCUGAGAGAGCCCUGGAGAGGUACAAUGAAGAUAGUAACCACACACAGUAUUUCAAGGUGGAUAAAGUACAAAGAGCUACAGUGCAGAUAUAAAACUUGUUGGAGAAUAAUGAACAUGUACAUUAUUAUCUUGGAGUGAACAGCUGGCAAUUAGUGAUCAGCUCUGUAGUACCUGGAUUGUUUGCCAUGCUGUGAAAUAAACCGGGGAACCUAGCUUCCUGUCACUGAAGUCAAGGACAAAACUCUCUUCAAUGACCGCAGAAUCUGGUCUUUAGUUCUGCACAUGGCUUUGCGGUAAUUGUAAGUUUUCCACCUUUUUCUCCUUGUGUUUAUAUUUCACCCAUAAUAAAACCAAAAUGUCAGCAAAAUACAUUUAUUCCCUUGCCCCCCUUAGUGUUUGCAAUACAGGGAAGGCCCUUAGAGUAAAAGGCACAGAUUCUAAAGGGUGCAGCCCAGACAAAGGGGGAACUAACGUGGCUUUAAGUAACCUCUGCAUCUUCCCAUUUCUGGGCUGCUCCACAGCUCCGAAAUAACGUAAGCAGCCUUGAUAGCCUAACGUGACAGCAUCCCAUCCCCAGCUGCCUCUGGGCCACAAUGCUGCUUGGAAUCUCCAUAGUGCUGGGUGCUGUGGGCCCACCCCAACACACCUCUCCUCCUACCCUUAGCUUUAUGGGGGUCCCUGCCUUGGCCAGAUUGGGGCUUUUAGAGUCCCUGCAUGCUGCUCCAGCCCUUUUAUCCAGUGUAGACUUUGACUUGGUCUACCUACAGUCUGAGUAUUGUGUAGAAUCCAGUUUAGUUAAAUCACUGCAAACACUUUGUGUGGACACAAUUAUUUUGGAUAAUCAGUUAGACGGUGUGUUUUAUAUCAAUUUAAUGUAUUUAUUUAUUUAUUUGCCACUUUAAGUUAAAUUGAUAUAGGGUACUUAGUUUGAAAUCCGAGUAUCCACCAAAAAAUAAUGUUAAUUUCAUUACUAUAACCCAAAUCCCACUCACCUUACUCAUGGGUUUGCACCAAUUUCUUAACCAAUUUAUUUAAACCAGUGUAACUUCUAUGUGUAGGCAAGCCCUUAGCUGAGGUAAUUCCCAAUAUAGAGGUGAAAUAACUUUUUUUUUUUUCUCAGAUGAAAUUGAACAUGGGAAAAAUCUGUCCUGGAGCUAAUAGUAUCAGAAGGUUUGGGUUUUUUUUUUUUUAAUUUCUGCAGGAGCAAAGGCCAGAUUCUGCCCCCUUACUCAUACUGAGCAGUACCUUACUCUGUACGCAGUGCCAUUGAUUUCAGUAAAAAGAACAGGAGUACUUGUGGCACCUUAGAGACCCAUUUCCAGCAAUUGACAAGGAGAUAUGAGGAACUGGGCGGAGGGGGGGGGGGAAUAAGCAUGGGGAAAUAGUUUUACAGUUCCACAUAUCUCCUUGUCAAUUGCUGGAAAUGGGCCAUUUUCAUUACCACUACAAACAGUUCUUUUUCUCUCCUGCUGAUAAAAGCUCACCUUAACUGAUCACUCUCCUUAUAGUGUGUAUAGUAACACCCAUUGUUUCGUGUUCUCUGUGUAUAUAUCUAUCUUCCUACUGUAUUUUCCACUGCAUGCAUCCGAUGAAGUAGGCUGUAGCCCACGAAAGCUUAUGCUCAAAUAAAUGUGUUAGUCUCUUCUAAGGUGCCACAAGUACUCCUGUUCUUUUUGCGGAUACAGACUAACACGGCUGCUACUCUGAAACCAUUGAUUUCAGUGUGAAUUAAACACUGAAGUGGCAGAAUCUGGUCCUAAAUUAGUAUCAGCACUUCCAGAUCCUAUUCUUCCAUCACUGGAUACGAGAAACUCCCAUUCAGUCGGCCUCUGGAUUAUUAAGAAAGUAGAAAUUGUGCUUAGGGUGAAGAAUCUAGUGGCUCUACUUUCUGAAAACACAGGCCCUGGUCAAGAAAGGGACAGGAGAUAUGGUGGACAGCACGUGGCAGACACAGAAGCAGACACUCAUGCAAAAAAAUUUAUUAGCGAGGGAAUUAUGCUAUAAUAUCAAAUCCUGCACUCCUUACUCAUCAUGUAAAAAGCAACAGAGGGUCCUGUGGCACCUUUAAGACUAACAGAAGUAUUGGGAGCAUAAGCUUUCGUGGGUAAGAACUUCACUUCUUCAGAUGCAAGUGCAUCAUGGGUGCAUGUGCAAAAACAUAAAACAGCAUAGCUAGUCAAAGAGUUCUGUGAGGGACAUUUGGGCUACAGUAAUGAAAUUAAUGUUAUUUUUUAAAAUGAUAAAGUGUAUUUCAAAUGCAUUAGGUUAUUCACUUGGUGCUCAUACAGCCUGUUUCUUCCAGAUCACACCUCAGCCGGGAUACGUUGUCGAAUUUACUAUAAAAGAGACCUGCUGCUCCAAAUCCACACCACAUGCAAAUGUGUCUGAAUGUGAAU